AGUUGCUGCGCUUUUCGCUGGCGAGCGGACGCGAUGCUGUAGACUCAUUCCCCAUUUCGCCCGAUACAGUGCACAUCGCCGCAUCUCGCCGCUGUAGACCAAAAUCUCACCUGUGCGAUGGUUAACGCGACCAGAUCCAAGUGUAUGUCCAUGGACGUCUCGACCCAGAGCGCUCCGGAUCUCUCGACGUUGCAAGUCAAAGUGGGCGAGCUGCGCCUCUCGCCCGACGGCACGUGGCUGUACCUGCUUCAGGUCACCUGUGGCUGUGCGCGCUGGCAAGUAGCCAAGCGCUACAGCGAGAUCCGCGAGCUGUGGCUCGAGCUCAGCAAGACGCUGAGUGACAACGCAGUGCAGAGCUCUUGCACCGAGCACUGCCACUUCCUCGCUGGCUUCGAACAGGACAAGUUUCCCAAGAAGCACCUGCUGCUCACACAGCACAAGCUCGAGGCGCGUGCCAGUGAGCUGGACCAAUUUUUCCUCAAGAUGGCUAUGCGUCUCAAUCUCUGCAACCCGAUCCAGCUGCAAACCUGUCGUGUACGCGGUUGUGAGCUGCUCUCGCUUAUCGCCAAGUUCUUUGACGUGGACGCCGAGCAGGCCAAGAACCGCUCCGCGUUGGGCUUUUCGCGCAGCAUUUCGAUGCAACGAGAGGUGAGACGCCACAACCAGCAAUUCUCCAAGAAGCGUCGCGGCAGCAUCAGUGUCAGUAUGGGCGUGGGUCUCAGUCGCCGCUUCUCAUUCGGUUUCCAGGACCGGCAUAGCGCAGUGGCAGCUCUGGCCCAGUGAGAACACCUCGUUAUUUUAUUGUAGGCAAGAUAUUUUAGACCGCCGUCGACUAUUUAGCGUAACUCAUUACGCGCCUCAACUAAUCGUACAUCCCAUAUUGCUUGGAUAUCCUCGUCU